AUGGAACCAGCCAUUCCAGAGCACCUAACCACAACCCGAAUCUUCCCUGCCAAGUUGAAAGCAGGGUACAUACCACCAUAUCCCACUUACACCUCCCGAUUUCCACAGGGCCAAAGAGAAAUCGUCAUAGUCAUUCUAGGCUCGCAACAUGAAGAUCUAGAGAAGACUCCGUCUUUUGGAACGGGGGGUAUAACGAGCCGUGACGCGGUUUUGGCACUACAACGAAUGAUCGCCUUUGCCACCGAGACCUCAGAAACAUCUAAGCCAAAAUUCUAUCAGUUAGCCUCUCAACACGAAGCCAUUGGAGGGUACGAGCAGUGCAUCAUCGCGUAUUGGGACACGAAAGCCGCGUACAACGAGUGGAAGACCGUCAGCGGAUUCGAGGAAUGGUGGAACAGCCUCAAUCCCACGUUUGAAAAUCACGGAUGGUUUCUGGAAGUGUUCCUUCCCCCGGUUGAGAGGUUUGAGAACGCUUUCACGGACCGCAUGGUGCCAGAAGGAGCAGCACACCUUCAGGGAGACGCAAGCGGUCCCAUUCAAGAGCAUGGCUAUUGGAAGAGCAUGCGGGAUCGUCUACCCAUCUCGCAAACAGAUCUGUUGCACGGCGACAAAGUCACCAGCACCACUAUAAACGUGUCUGACUGCAGAACCCGCCGUAUUCGAGUCCAGGGCAGGAAAAACCUGGCGGUCAUUCGUUCAGGCCAAGAUUGGUCUUCUGCCUCCGAUAACGAGCGAAAGCUCUAUCUCGACAAGAUGUCUCCGGCCCUGGUGGCAGGUAUGAAAUUCCUUCACGACGAGGGUUUGAAGGAGGGCUGUAUUAGUCUCCGCUUCAUGAAUGUGUUGGACAGAGAGACUUUAGGAAGAGACCCGCAAAAGACCUUUGGUCUAGCGAUUUUCGACGAGCUCAGCUCACUGGAAGCAUGGAGCAUGAGCCACAACACACACAAACGUAUCUAUACAGAAUUCUCCCGCUGCGCGAAAGAACUACAGAAUACUUCCCUGCGAUUUUUCCACGAAGUCUUUGUCGUGCGACCCGAAGAUCAAUUCUUCGAGUAUGUUGGUUGUCAUUCUAAGACUGGAAUGCUUGCGUCGCUAUAA